UGGCGCACCGAUCCAGUGCAAUAAACUAGGGUUUGUGAAACAGUGCAGAUUUUUAAGCAAGCAAAUCUGAGUCUCUGGAAAGGAUUAUUACCAGGUUGAGAGUUCCAAGACUUUGCAUUUCUCAGAGCCUUCUGAAACUCGGUUUGGCGACAUUUCUUGGAAGAACAUAGCAGGAAGUGCAAUGGAGGCCAUAGGGGACAGCUUUCUCAGACAAAGGCAAGUCCUGCUUUUCUUUGUUUUACUGGGUGGGUUUCUGGCUGGGUUUGAGUCAAGACGCUAUUCUGUGGCUGAGGAAAAAGAGAGGGGCUUUUUAAUAGCCAAUCUAGCAAAGGAUCUGGGACUGACGGUAGAGGACCUGGUCGCAAGGGGGGCCCAAGUUGUGUCUAAAGGAAACAAACAGCAUUUUCAGUUCAGUCAUCACACCGGUGAUCUGCUUCUGAAGGAGAAAUUGGACCGGGAGGAGCUAUGUGGUCCUACAGAGUCAUGUAUACUGCAUUUUCAGGUAUUAUUGCAAAAUCCCUUCCAGUUAAUUACACAGGAACUCCAAGUCAUAGAUGUAAAUGAUCAUGCUCCAGUAUUCUUUGAAAAUGAAAUGGAGCUGAAAAUCCCUGAAAACUCUCCACCAGGAACAAUAAUUCCUUUAGAAUAUGCUGAGGAUUUGGAUGUAGGAAGAAACAGUCUCCAAAACUACACGAUUACUCCCAAUCCCCAUUUUCAUGUUCUCAUGCGCAGUCGGAGAGAUGGAAGGAAGUACCCAGAACUAGUACUGGACAAAGCACUGGAUCGGGAGGAGGAGCCAGAGUUCAGCUUAACACUCAUGGCGCUGGAUGGCGGCUCGCCUCCACGGUCUGGAACAGCCCAGAUCCACAUCCUGGUCUUAGACAUAAAUGACAAUGCCCCAGAAUUUGCACAGUCCCUCUAUGAUGUUCAAAUUCUAGAGAAUAUCCCUGUUAAUUCUGUCAUUGUCACUGUUUCAGCUUCUGAUUUAGAUAUAGGAAAUUUUGGGACAAUAUCAUAUGCAUUUUUUCAUGCUUCAGAAGAAAUUCUCAAAACUUUCCAACUAAAUCCUAUUACCGGUGAUAUGCAACUAGUUAAACAUUUGAAUUUUGAAGCAAUAAAUAUUUAUGAAGUCGACAUAGAGGCCAAGGAUGGUGGGGGUCUUUCAGGAAAAUGUACAGUCAUGAUUCAGGUGGUUGAUGUGAAUGACAACCCACCAGAACUGACCUUUUCCUCAGUUAACAGUCCUAUCCCUGAGAAUUCGGUAGAGACUGUGGUGGCAAUUUUCAGUGUUUCUGAUCUAGACUCUGGAGAUAACGGAAGAGUGAAGUGUUCCAUCCCAAACAAUCUCCCCUUCGUCCUGAAACCAUCUGUAGAGAAUUUUUACACCCUAGUGUCUGAAGGAACGUUGGACAGGGAAAGCAGAGCCGAAUAUAACAUCACCAUCACAGUCACCGACUUGGGGACACCCAGGCUGAAAACCGAGCGCAGCAUACUAAUCCUCAUCUCCGACGUCAACGACAACGCCCCUGCCUUCUCGCAGACGUCCUACACGCUGUCGGUGCGCGAGAACAACAGCCCCGCCCUGCACAUAGGCAGCGUCAGCGCCACAGACAGAGACUCAGGCAGCAACGCCCAGCUGACCUACUCGCUGCUGCCGCCCCAGGACCCGCACCUGCCCCUCGCCUCGCUGGUCUCCAUCAACGCGGACAACGGGCAGCUGUUCGCGCUGAGGGCGCUGGACUUCGAGGCCCUGCAGGCGUUCGAGUUCCGCGUGGGCGCCACAGACCGAGGCUCGCCCGCGCUGAGCAGCCAGGCGCUGGUGCGCGUCGUGGUGCUGGACGACAACGACAACUCGCCCUUCGUGCUCUACCCGCUGCAGAACGCCUCUGCGCCCUGCACCGAGCUGGUGCCCAGGGCGGCAGAGCCGGGCUACCUGGUCACCAAGGUGGUGGCGGUGGACGGAGACUCGGGCCAGAACGCCUGGCUGUCGUUCCAGCUGCUCAAGGCCACGGAGCCCGGGCUGUUUGGCGUGUGGGCGCACAAUGGCGAGGUGCGCACCGCCAGGCUGCUGAGCGAGCGCGACGCGGCCAGGCACAGGCUGGUGGUGCUGGUCAAGGACAAUGGCGAGCCGCCGCUGUCUGCCAGCGUCACGCUGCACGUGCUGCUGGUGGAUGGCUUCUCGCAGCCCUACCUGCCGCUGCCGGAAGUGGCGCCCGAUCGCGCGCAGGCCGACUCGCUGACAGUCUACUUGGUCAUCGCCUUGGCUUCGGUGUCGUCUCUCUUCCUCUUUUCGGUGCUGGUGUUUGUGGCGGUGAGGCUGUGCAGGAGGUGCAGGGCGGCGCCGCUGGGUGUGUGCUCUGUGCCUGAGGGCCACUUUCCUAGCCACCUGGUGGAUGUUAGUGGCACCGGGACCCUGUCCCAGAGUUACCAGUAUGAAGUGUGUCUGAUGGGAAGCUCAGGGACCAAUGACUUCAAAUUUUAGAGUCCAAUUAUCUCCACUGGUGUGGUUCAAACCCUUAGCAGCAUUGUUUUAAAAUUGCAAUUGUAGAGAUAGAUUUCAUUAACAGAAAAAUCAAAAAGUACUUUUGUGGCUAUGGAUGUUUCCUUUUAAAAUCAAGAAACUUUAGUUGAUAUAAUAUUUUGUUAUAUAUAGACUUCACUUUCUAUGUAGGUAUAUGUUAAUCCAUCAUAUUUUCCUUUUUUCUGCUUCAUGUCUUAUCAAUGCAGUCUUAAUGCUUCUUUUUCUAAUAGGGGAGCCAAAAUAAAUUCAUUAUCUAUUAAUGGUGAUUUCAAAUAUGUUUAUUUCAUAAUAUUUCAAAUUAUAUAUUUCAAAGCAAUGAAGACAGUUUCAAAUCAUAAAUUUAGUAAUUUAUUGUUUUCAAUGUUUAUUCAUAUGCUGUUUGUUUAUUUUCCUAAAGCUGCUUGGUCCAUAGUUAAUGAAGUUUGAGGAUUAAUAAGAUGUAAGAUAUAGUAAUGUACCAUCUUUUUAGGGGCAUAAUAGUCAAAUGAAAGUAAUGCAUUUAAUUUUUUCUAUAUUAACACUUUCAAUCAAUAUUUCAAUACUAUAUACAUUAUUAUGACCCAAGUGGACAAACAUUUUAGACAAAUGCAGCAAAUUACUCUCAGGAAGGUACUUUUUAGGGUUGCUUAAAGUGUAUUUAUGAUGACUGAGGGAAAAAUUAAACCUAAGCCAUUUUAAACAACUGAUUGUUCUUUCCAUUUUUUAUGAAACUUUAUUUAGUAAGGCAUCUGAUGGGAUGACAGUUUGGUUUGUAAAUUGUGGUAUGUAAAUGUAAAGACCUGGGGGCCUUAUUAUCCCAGGAAUAUACACAGAUAUUUGAUCUUUAAAUGUUUUACAGGAAAAGCAGUGUCCCAUCAAGUUGUACUUUAUUAUUUUUACCUACUUACCAUAUAUAGUGAUUUAUAAGGGAAAUAGUUUGCUUCCUGUCUUGAUUGCCUUCUUCAGAUUGCAGUCGGACAUGAUUUAGGAUUAUUUAUGGUCUCCCUGGUAUGAAAACUGCCAUCCACAUCAGUAUUCUACCUCCUAUAUUAUAAUUAAAAGGUAGACAUCAUUACACAUAUUAAAUGUAGUUAUAAUCACACUUAAAUUAUGUUGGGCUAGAGGUAUAGCUUAGUGGUAGAGCAUGUUUUUAGUACUUAGUAUGCAGGAGGCCUUGGGUUCAAUCCCUGGUAUAAAAAGGAAGAAAAAAAAAAGCAUAAGAGAAAAGGUGAAGGUGUCAAUUAAUGUAACAGCAUCAAAUGCAUGAAUAACCUUAAUAAUUAGAAAAAUAAUAUUCCUUUUAUUCUACAUUUCUUAUAGAGAGCUUUCGAUGUGGAUCUUUAGAUCAUUUUUUUUUCUUCUUUUCAAACUUAGCAGAGAGUCUAUGAAGAUAAGGAAAAAGAAACAUUCAUCAACAUAUAUCUUUAUUUGGCUUCCUUAGUAUCUAAUAGUAUCAGAGCAAUGGGAGUAUUGAAUUGUGGGAAUUAUAGAGGGCAGUUAAUUAUUCUGGGGGGCCAAUAUGGUAUAUGAGCUGAGAAUAAAUUUAGAAGGGCCAUGUGUGCUGAAGAGCUAUUUAGACAUUGAAGACAGUAGACCAGAUUUAAUACAUAGAUGGAUUGAACUAUACAUUGUUGAUAAAGUGAACAGUCAGAAACAGUCAGAAAAGAUAAUCUGGACUAAAAUUGAAUAUCAGAAAUAAUAACACCUUACUCUUGAUUUGAAAUACAUAUAUUUUUAUUCCUGGGUAGUCAGGGACCAUUUAUUCUUUUAUUUGAAGCUCUUCCAAAAUUUUCUUUACCUGGAUAUUUUAUUAAAUUCAGGAGAGAGAGGGACUACCACAUGUAUAUUACUAUUGUUGCCACUUCUUGGAAUUCCAUAAACUGAAAAUCUGUUCCAAGGGAAAAGGCAUGACUUUGUAUAUUAAUAAUUUUAUAGGAAUUUUCUUCUGCAAGUGAUAAAUCCAUUACUGCCAAUUAAUUACAAAUUGAUAUUUCAAUUUUCAAAAAAGAAGAGAAAUCAAAUAAAAAUUUGAAUCCUCUUACUCGAGAAUACACUAAAUAAACUUAGUAGGCUUUUAGUUUGAAAAGUCUUUCUUUUUCAUUCAUAGUUGAAUUUAUAGCACAUAGCACAAUGCCUCAUACAUAAUAGAUGGUCAAUUCGUUUAUUAAAUAAAUAAUUUCAGAAUGUUUGGGAAAUCAUGGAAUAUUCUAAGCACUUAUUUACUUGAAACUUAUUUACACAUUGAAUUUUGAAAGAAAUAUCUGUAUUCAGAAAGGAAUAUAUAAUUCCUUUAAAUAUUAUAAGAAUAAUUACAAUCUCUGUGGAGUCAAUUUAUAAUUUAAUGAUCUCCCUUUGCUUGUCGAAACUUCUGAAAACCCAGAGAACUAUAGAAUAAUAGGUUAAUCUCAAAUUUGGUUCAGAAUUGACUUGCCAAUUUUAGGGACAAAGAAGAAAUUAAAUACAAGAGCUUUCUGUUCCACACAUUAACCUCCUGAAAUCUGUAUGUGCUGGCUUUUAAUUCAUGCAUCUACUGAAUUUUGGUUAGUCUUUAUUGUAUCAAAAUUAAAUGAAAUUUUCAAGAUCCCAAAGACUCAAAAAGCUUUCAAAGUAACAAUUUAUUUGAGA